AUGUCAACCAAUAAUCUAAAUCUGAUAGCAAACCUUCUUUCACUAGGUGCUGGUCCUGGUGUUACUGGUAUUGGUGGUGUACGAGGCGCAGGUGGACUCUUUCCUGGGACAGGGGGUCCUGGUGCCCUCUCCCCUGCUCAGGCAAAAGCUGCUAAAUAUGGAGAAGCAAGAGGGGCCGGUGUUGUCCCAGGCUACGGUUCUGUUGCUGGGUUCGGAGGAGUUCCUGGAGCUGUCCCUGGGGCUGGAGGAUACCCUGCUGGUGCCAAGGCUCUAAAAUAUGGUUUGGGUGCUGGUGGUGGUUUACCAGGUGGGACUGGUGUUGUGCCUGGAAUAGGUUUGGGUGGAGCUGGUGGAGUCCCAGGUGGAGUUGGAAUAGGAACUGGAUAUGGAGGAUAUGGGACUGGGGCAAAACCACCUAAAUAUGGUGUUCCCGGUGGAGUACCCGGUGGAGUACCAGGUGGAGUACCAGGUGGAGUACCAGGUGGAGUACCUGGAGGUGUACCUGGAGGGUAUCCAGCAGGAGUUAAACCUCCGAAAUAUGGAGGUGCAGGUACAGUACCUGGUGCAGCAGGAGCGCCACUGCCUGGAACUGGGACGGGACUGACACCAGGAGCCGGGGUUGGAGGAUAUCCUGGUGGAGUCAAACCUCCUAAAACUGGCGCUGGGAUCACUGGAACUGGAAUAGCAGCUCCUGGAGCAACACCUGGUGGUGAUGUGGUGGUCGUACCGGGUGGCACAGGCAUCGGUGUUCCUGGAGGUACUGGUCUGCCCUUUGCACCAAGUGGAAAACCAGCAAAGCUUCCAACGCUGGCUCCUGCAGGGACUGCUGUACCGGGUCCUGGUGGGGUUUACCCAUAUGGAUAUGGCCCAUUUCCUGGUGGCACUGGAGCAGCUGGAAUUGGAACUGGUGUGUUACCUGGAGCCAAACCUCUGAAAGCCCCUGGUGUAGGGGGAGUUGGAGGGGCAGGACUCGUACCUGGAGCAGGUGGAGGGUAUCCAACAGGUGUUGGUGUGGGAGCUGGUGCUAAACCACCUAAACCAGGCUACGGCUCUUUGGGUACAGGAUACGCACAGCCAGGUGGUGUAGCUCCAGGAGGAUAUGGAGGAUAUCCACAAGCAUAUCCAGGGGGAUAUGGAGCAGGACUGACACCACAACAAGGUAAACGCUCUUAA